CGUCACUCCGCGAGGCAGUGUGGCUGUGGAAGUUUGUUGUUGCAGCUCGAAUAAAAUGGCAUUGAAAGCUGUAUUGAGAACUAAGUGCGUCACUUCGGGUCUUUCCCGGCUGCUCUGCAGCAGUCAUGACAGUGUUUGUGCAGCUCCUGUGCUCGUUUGUCAGCAGAGAAACAAUUCCACCUCAUCUAAGAUCAACGUCAGUUUAGACCAAAGCUCAGGCGUGGCAGUGAUGCGCAUGCAGAGUCCUCCUGUCAACAGUCUCAGUUUAGAUUUCCUCACACAGUUCAGCAUCAGCUUGGAGAAACUGGAGAUGGAUAAAAGCUGCAGAGGCCUCAUCAUCACUUCGAGCUUGCCCAAGGUGUUCUCAGCAGGCCUGGACAUCACAGAGAUGUACGGAAAGAGUCCGGAGCACUGUGGAGAGUUCUGGAGGGCCGUUCAGGAGAUGUGGCUAAAACUCUAUGGCUCCAACAUGAUCACUAUAGCUGCAAUAAAUGGAUCCAGCCCUGCUGGUGGCUGUCUGAUGGCUUUGUCAUGUGAUUAUCGAAUAAUGGUUGAAAACCCUCGUUACAGCAUCGGUCUUAACGAGACGCAGCUCGGCAUUGUAGCACCUUUCUGGUUUAAGGACACCAUUCUUAAUACUAUCGGCCAUCGGAAAACGGAGAUGGCCCUGGAGUUGGGGCAGCUCUACAGCCCCUCAGAGGCCCUGAAUAUAGGAUUGGUAGAUCAGCUGGUACCUGAAGACCAGUUACUCACCACAGCCACCCAAACCAUGACCAAAUGGUUGGCCAUUCCAGAACAUGCCAGACAGCUUACCAAGUCCAUGAUGAGGAAGCCAACCAUCGAUAAACUGGCAUCUAACAGAGAUGCUGACAUCCAGUACUUUUACUUUACUCAACUACUUUGAACUGAUUUCAGUGACUGAAUCAUCAUCAGUCGUGUUCAUUCUUUAUGUAAGUACUUUGUUACUAUGUCACAAAGAAUAAACAUGUUUUCUGACAUACCCCUACUAA